UUACUAAUGUGGUUACUUCAUUUGAAAUGUUUUGUAUGCUUCUGAGAUUUCUGACCGUUGUUUAGGUUAUGGAGGCAAAAAUUUCAUUCUCAGUGCAUUAUUUGAUGUAAUAUUAAAUAUUUAUUAACCCUUGUUUAAUUGUAUAUGUUAAAAAUGUCUGAAGCUGUGAACGAUGAUAUGUGGACAUCCCACAAAGAGCUUUGUUCAAUUAUUGAACAACACUUAACAAAUUUUACUGAAGGGCCUAAUACCGAGCUUGAAACUAUCUUGAGGAAGCACAGACAACAGUUUGUUUCAUUACUAGAUAAUCCUCCCAAGUCAGCAGCCUGCAGAGAUGAAUUGUGUGCCGCUGUCACCACAGGAAUUAUAUUACCUGGAGUGGGUCAUACAAUAUUAUCAAAAGAACUUAUUGAUGAAGCUAUUAUUAUAUCAGAUAUGUAUGAUCUCAAUGAAUACAUAUCAUUGCAAUUGUUAUGUACAGCACAGCGACAAAUGCCAUAUCAUCCUGGUUUACCACGAGGUUUGGUAGCAAUUCUUCUAUACUAUGAUGGACGCAAGGCGAUUGUUUCUGCUCUCCGAAUCUUAGUUCAAUCGAGGAAAGGUGUUUCCUGGUGUACUCAGUGUCCAGACACUCUUACAGAAACAGUAACAAUCUAUACUGAUCAAUUAGUAAACUCUGGACUAUUAAAUAAAAUAAUUAAUUUAUUAACUAGUCUCGAUAUUUCAAAAGAACUUGAGCUAUUACAAAAAAAUAGAGGAAUAGGGCCUCCAAAACAUCAUAAACAAAUUCUGGAUUUGUUUGAAGAUACCAGAGUCAAUUUAGCUGGCAUUUUAUAUAGUUGGUCUGCACAAACUGGAUUGCCUAAAGAAACAACUUUAGAAUUAAUCAACUAUCUUAAAAAUGUCAAAAUAGAAGAGACGAGUUCUUUGGAUGAUGUUACUUUGAAUUUAAUGAUGGCUUUAUUAUAUGCCCUGGAUUUAAGUGUUUUGCAUAACAGAGAGGAUGGAGAAGAAUUAGUUGAAUCAUUGCCUAUUGUUUCUGAAAGUGGCUUUAUAGCUGAUAUCUUAGAAAAUCUUCUCAAUACAAAAUGGGAAUGUGAAGGAUUACGAGCUUUAGCCUUAUAUUCUUUUGGUUUGGCAUUAUCUGCUUUACGCUUAUCUCCAAACUCAUUGCAUCCCCCUGGACUCUUAGAUCAAGAUGAUCAAUUAAUAAGUACAUCAAUAGAAAUGAAAGUAUUUGAUUUCAUGCAUAAUAUACUUUUAGAAAAUAAAUCAAUCUAUAAACAAGAAUUUUUCUAUAGAAGAAUGCAUAACUUACUAACUGACUUUAUUGAAUUGAAGUAUUCUAAAAUAAUGGAGUUAAGAGCAAAGGCUGAUGAAACUUCUAGAACUAUUGAUAUGUACACCCAAGAAGGAUUAGAACCUCCGCAGCAUUUAUCCUAUGAUUUUGAAAUGUUUUUGUUGUCUAUUGCAAAAUUGUACAAAGAUAAUUCUUUGGGAUUAGAUUUGUGUGUUGAGUAUUGGGGUCCAUUAGAUAAUACAAUGAAUUACAGUGCAAGGAUUAAUGGACACACUGUUGCACUUUUCAAAUUUGUUCGAUUAGCUGGUGAUUUGAUCCCAAGCAGUUUGCUUCAAUCAUAUUUAGAUAUGAUAACAUCUUUAGCAAAUUGUCCAGUGGCUGCAAGACAAGCAUUUAAUUUGCUCAAAAUGAAUAAUCAAGGUAGCGGAAUGUCUGUUUCUUGGGACCAUUUUUUCAGCUCAUUGCAUCGUUAUUAUAGCAAUUUACGUCAAAUACAAGUGCCUCGUUCUGAUAUGGCAUAUAUGCAGCGAUCCGGUCGUUUGAUUAGUGGUAUUCAGCCUCGUGAAAUCACAGCCUUAAUGUCUGUUUUGAAAUUGAUGCAAAAUGUUGCUAAACAUGAUGAUAUGGCUCGAACUGCACUCUGCGAACAUCCAGCUUGGUCACCUAUGCAAAUUUUGUUAGGACUAGUAACUUGCUCCGUUCCUGUUUAUUUCAAAGCUGAAUUAUUACGUACUUUAGCUUAUUUAGGAAAAUCACCACAGACUUCUGUACAACUUUGGGGUCACAUAGAAAAUGCUCAAAUUCUGACAACAAUUCAAUCAACAUCCAGCUAUAAGCCUCGUGGUAUUCAAACUGAGCUAGAUGAGAUUGAAUCACGUGAUGAACAAUACCCUUUAACAAGAGCUUUUCUUCAUCUUCUUCUGAUAAUCUCUGGGAGCGGCAUUCCCAAGAAUUUAGGUGCAGGAACCAGAAUUCCAGGAUUUGACCCAUAUUUGAGCUUUAUUGUUGAGUCAGUGUUUUUGAAGUUUAAUUCUAGACCUUAUAAGGUUCCUGAAGAGAAAUGGCAGAUUGCUGAAGAAUGCAUGAUGCUUUUAGAAAGAUAUCUUGAUCAAUAUGAGCCACAAGCAGAAGAUUUUCCAAUAUCAGGAAAACCACAAACAUCUAAUCCACCACCAGGUUUUCACAUUAUGAUUCAAAUGAAUACAAAGUCUGAGUUUUUACGAAUCCUGUUAUAUAUAUUAGAUGAAUCAUGUCAAAUUUUGGAUGCUUAUCAUCCUUUUCCGGGAAAAACACAUUUGGAGAACACUGUACUUAGUUGUUUAAAUUUAAUUAAUAGAACUCUGGAUUUACAAGCAAGUUUCUUUGCUUUAUUAUCAUCUACUGGUAGCUCAUUGCUAUUGACUCAUGCCAGUAAAUUACUGCUUGAUAUUAAUCCUAGAACCGGAAAACCUGAUCAUAUGUUGAAUAUUGCUAAAUACACUACAUACAAUUGGUUACCAAAACAUUCAUAUUCUGCUGUGAAGAUUUUACUAUGGAUUACUACAGUGCCUUCUUCCAAUAUGCAAUUAUUAAGUGUUUUCACUCAAUCUCCCAGUAUUAAAACAGAUAUACGUCACGGUUUUGUGGAGUGUUUAGAAAAUGAUGAUUAUACAGGUGAAGAUGAUGCAGAUUCUGCAAUCAUCAAUGAUACUAAGGAAGCUAUUUUGAAAUUGUUGCAACAAUGUCUGAAUCAUGCACCACCAAAUUUAGCUCAUUAUUUGCUUGGUUUUGAUAUAUCAAAGAAUAUAGAAAAAACAUCUUUUCAACAAGCUGGUAUGUUAGGUUUUCCUAGAACUUGUUUGCAUUCACUUAUAUUUUUAUUAGACUCCGGAAUUGAUAAAAGCAAAUGCAAUCGCCCUACUGGAAGUUUAUUGAAAGCAGCUUAUCAAAUGCUGUACAUGCUCUGUGCAAACUUGAAAACAUCAGAACCAGUCUUAAGAUUUUUAAGAUCUUGUAGUGACUUUUUAAGCCGACAUUUGUCAGCAUUACCUUUCGAGGACAAUGAUGUUUCAGCAGCUUUAAAUCAGAUGUCAUGGCUAAUGAAAACUGCUGCAAUUGAAUUGAAAAUUACUGCCAAGAAUCAUCAUAGUUCACAGUUUGCAAAUAUUUCAAAGGUUUUGCUUGGACUAUCAACAGAAGCAAAUAAGGAGGCACAAAAUACUCCGUUGACAGAAUUAAGUCACUAUUGCACUUUUAAUCAGUCAGUUACUCCUAACGAUAAAACGCAACAUUUAUUAACUGACCUAUUGAAUCAUCUAAAUUUUAAUUUGUCUGAAUUACAUUCACCACAAUGGGAAUUCUUUGAUAUAUCAAUGCUUGAAGUAAUUUUUAAAAAUUGUUCUGUGUCUAUGCCAGGGUCUCCAAAACUAGUUAAUAUCAAAUUGUUACACAGAACUUUGAUGAAUGAGUUAUCAACUAUACAAAGCACAACAGUUAUAGGACAAAGGCAGUUAAUUAUUCAAGAAAUCGAGCAAGUAUUAAAAUAUGCCAUACAGUACAAUAAUCACAAACUUUUAUGUGCUGCAACUGUGAAUUACAUGGAUUCUUGGCGACAAAUGACAGAAAUUGUAUUUUCUGUUGCUCCUCCUGAUGCUCUGAAUAAUGAUGUCAGGCAGGUCCUUUUAUUGGAGAUUGCACAAAUUAUAUUGAAAAAAUCUGUUAAAGGCUCAGUUUUGAAAGACCUCUCAAAUGUAUCGUCAACCUGUUUGUUGAUGCUCUUGAUAAAUUUAAGGCAUUGUUAUAUUUUAAAACAUAAGCAAAAAAUUUUGAGAAAAGAUUUUGAAUCAUCAGUUGCUACUGAUACAAAUAUCACUACAAAUACUUUGAGUAUAAAAUAUAUUUUAGAACACAUACUUCAGUGGAUGACUGUGUCUGGAAUAGAUUUACAAAAGUUAAGAAUUAACUUAUAUGGUGCAUUCUUAAAUGUUAUUCAUUUGAUAAAGUCACAGCAUGCUAAUAGUAAAAUUGAUGUGGAAACCCACGACACUGGUUAUGUUGGAAGAUUGGAUAGUUCUAGAGUGGACAUAGUAUCAUCUGAAGAAUCAACAUUAAAAGAAAUGGCAGUAAACGUUAUCUCAAACAAUGGAGAUCGUUUUAUAAAUAUUUUAUGUCAUGAUUUAACAAAUGGUCAUGAUAUAAGCAGAAUGCUAGCUUUAUGUUGCCUAAACACAUUGAUCGAUCUCAAUGCUCACUCAAUGUGUAUAUCAUAUUUAUCGAGAAAAGGCUACUUAAAACAUAUGAUUGAUAGUUUAAUUGAAAGUGAUAAUGAUUUGAUCCAAACACUACAAAUUAAACCUACUAAUAUGAAGCCUUUAUAUUUGUAUGAAUCAAAAAUGGCUUUAUUGGGAAGAAUCGCGUCAACACACAUUGGUGCUGAACUUUUACUAGAGCAGAACGCCUUAGCUUGUCUUUCUACUAUGAGAAUAUUUGAUUUAAGACCUGAACCACAAACACUUAGCAAUAAUGAGUCUGCAGCAUCUUUUAUACCUUCCUUAUCACAUAGGUUUCAGCAAAUUUUGUUUCCAGCUCUGAAUUUGUGCAACACAAUAUUAACUACUUUAAAUACUGAUAAUAAUUCAGUAAUAUUGCAAGUGCACAAUUUUAUAUUCAGUCACUUUGAUACUGUUGAAAUCAUUUUGCGUGCAGGAAAUCCAUUUAUGGAACUAGGAUACUUGAACGAACUUGCUCACCUCACAAGUGUUAUAGCUCGAAGUGCCAAUUUAGAAAUAAAACAAGCAAGUCAGGAACAAUCUGUUCAAUUAUUCCGAUUGCAGCGAAUUAUGCUAACACUUUUGCCAAGAUUUGUUCUGUCUGAUGCUUUGAUGAGAAACAUGCCUCCGAACAAGAAAGUUGUAGAUGUAUAUAAUUCCAUUAUCGAAGAGAAAAAUAACGAAAUUAAAGCAAACAGAUUAAUAAAAAUCGUUGAAAUAGCAUGCAAUCUAUGUUUGUAUUCUAGGAAUGUGAUAGCAAAUAACAGUGUAGAUCACCAUUCGGUUGGUGUAUUGUUUUUACCUUGUCUCUAUGAUAAUAUUUCUUCGGGUUCAGAAAAGUCAGGAGGCUAUGGAAACUUGGAGCAAGGUCCAAAUAUUGGAAUUCUGAUCAAGCAAUUGUCAUACAGUAUUCAAUAUUUUUUAAAAGAACAGAAUGCUUUGAAAUAUCUUAUGAAACAGUUGAAGAAUGUUCCAGAUAUGAGUACUGCAGAAUUAUCUGAAUAUUUACCUGAUCGUUCAGAAAUGGUAGCUGUAGCACAAGGGCGGGAGAUAGCUUUGGAAGUAUUGACCACCCAGGUGACAUUGAAGCAGCAAGAAUUAUCUCAAAUUACAUUUUUAAUAGAGAAUUGUCUCUACUUAAUAUGGGCUCAUUUGGACUACUACAUGUUGAGAUCAAUUCCCAAUAAUUAUCCAACUUUUAUAAACAACACAAUACCAUCCGCAGGUGAAGUAUCAUGGAAUAUUACAAAUAAAGAAGUCAGUCAACUCAGCCAAGGUUUAGUGGGAGUUUUGAAUGAAAAAUUUUGCAAAGAUUUGCUAACGACAACACAGGAUCUUCCUCCUGCUGAUAUUUGCUUUAUAGAAAGCUUAUUACGAAGAAUAAAGCGUUUGAUACAGUUUGUUCCGGUGAAAUAGUAAGCAGCCAUAAACGUUUUAAUACAUAAAAUACUUAAUGAUAAGUGUUCAAUAGUUUUAGACAUAUAAAAUUGUGUUUUAAAAUUUUGUAAAAAUAUAUUUUCUUAGAAUUUUUAAAAUAGCUUUGUGCAAGUGUUAUUAUG